UCUCUUUCUGCCUUGUGGUGAAUUUGAAAUUUGAAACUUUUUGAGAGACGAUCACGAUUCGAUCGAGAAAAAUUGAGGUUAUGUCAUAUGGUGAGGAAGGAAAGUUGAAGUUGAUCCGGUUCCGCGCCGAAUUUGUGGGCAUAGAAAACCCUCUGAUGACUCGGGAUAUAAAAAGUGAUCUUUUUUGUAUAUAAUGGAUGAUUCCAUGAUGAAUCAUGCAAUGGAAGGCCUAUCUCUUUUAGUAUCUUCACUAGCACUGUGUUUGUUGAUUUUCGUAGUGAUACUGAACCUGUACUUCAUAAAGCAGAAUGGUUUUCACGUGAGUGUCAACUGCUGGUUCUGCAAUGCUUGGACUAAAGUUUUAUAUUCAAAUCGGAAUAGCUUUGAGUGUCCCACUUGCCAGCAGUAUAAUGGAUUUGACAAGGAUGGAGGCUAUAACAGAGUAAUAGAAGCACAACACUCCCUCAGUAAACUUACUAGUAUGACUAUCAAAAAGAAUGAACCCUAUACCAAUGGGUUAUGCAAUUAUUGUAAUAACAACCAGCAGUUGAAAGUUUAUCAACUAGCCAAUUUCACUCCCAUCAAUGAUAAUAAUUAUGAUAUGGAAGUGGAACAUUUUCAGGAACAAUUGGAAAAGUCUUAUAAACUGUGUAAGAAGUGUGAAAAAGUUGUCAAGACAUCAAUAGACAAUAAAAAUGCAUGGAUUUUUGGAAACAAUUUGAAGAAUCUGAAAAAUAAGGGCAUUUCAUUAAUAGACCUGACAAAAUCUAAUGGCCUAACAAGGGAAUUAAAGCAGUCUUUUUGCCUCAAAAUAAUCAGAUAUACACUAAUUGUGUUCACUGUUUUGAUACUCUGCCAAAUAUUGAAUGUUAAGAUAGAUUUUCCUAUACCAAAUAUAAAAAUCAUGGUACCCAAAAUACUUGGAAGCUACAAAAUUAUUCUUACAGAAGUUUGGUUCAAUGCAACAAAACAAUUUGAAGAAAAAAUGAACAAUUUAAAUUCUUUUAUGCCAGUGGAUAUCAGAAAUAAAUUAGUUCCUAUUACUUCCAUUGGAUGUCUCCUAAAUUUUGUGUUGCUAAUCUGUGACAAAAAGUCAGUAUGGUGGAAAAUUAAUGAUUCACUUGGUUGGUUAGUGCUAGUUUUGUCAUCUACCAUGCCUUUGGAUUCAGACUCCUCUGUGUUCAUCAAUAUUUUACAGGUUCUUUCAUCUCUAAGCCUUUUCUAUAGCUACAUCUCCCAUGAACCUCAAAAGAAAGUGAAGAAAUCUAGAAAAAAGUGCCAGUUUGUGAAAGUGAAGAAAUCUAUUGAAGACAGUUCUGAGGAAGAAAUAGAAGAUGUUCAAAAUAGUUUGAGCUGCUUAGAUUCCUGUAAAUCAACAUACCAGGAUUUUAAUACCUCUCACUGCCAAUCAUAUCCAGCAAUGUCACCUUUUAGGUGCUACCAGAAUGAUGUAGGACAUAACCAAAGCUUUUCCACUGCCAAAAGUAACAGCACUGCCCCCUUUUUCAACAGUUCACAUGGUAUAUCUAACAAUAGCUUACACAGUGAUUUGAAUAUCAGUAUGGAUAAUCUGAAUUUGAAUAGUAUGAAUAGUAUGAAUCUCAUACCCCCACCUUGUAGUUCUCCUGUUUUUUCUGUGAGUUCUCCUAGGAGGCCUGUUUUGUCCCCACCCAGGUUGAAAAAUAUCACCCAAAAUCCUUGGACUGCUGGUGGCUUCUGGAAAAAUGAUUCUCAAGUGCUUUCAGCCAAUGUACACCCAACAAAUCUCAGUCGAUCCUCAAGUCAGAGCUCUGGCUUUGUUUCUAGUAAUUUCAAUUCUCUUCCUGCAUCCAGAGAACACUCUUUAGGUGGGGAUGUGGAAAGGACUUCUGUGCUAUCAGAGCCUGCAUACCAUUUUUUGCCUAUCAAUUCUAAUGCUAGUCAAUUGACCAGUGAACAACUUUAUUACAAGACUGACAACAAUACAUUUUACCCUGUAUUGGGCCAAAACAAUAUGCUGUUUAUCCAAAAUGGUGUGCCGCAGCAGAGCAGUUUUGGUAAUCAGUCCCUCAGGAGUUUCAGUACUGGGGUAGGGUCUCCUUUAUUAUGUCCUCCUGAUAGACCUGUUAGUGCUUUAUUCAGGAAUUUGCAAGGGAAAUUUUCAGAUUCUCAUAGUUUUAGAAAACCUCAUUCUAUUUCAGGGUAGGAGUUUUCAGAGAAUAUCAAAUGUCACCAGCAGGGUGAUUGUUGAAGUCAGAUUCUAAAUGAAAAAUGACUCAUUCUUUUCAAUAUAUUAUUAAUGAUCCAUGGUUUCUUAACUUCAGAAAUCAAUAGACUUUCAGGAUUACAGCUACCUCAUUUUACUGUACUUUGAAGAAUGUUCUUAAAUAUCUCAGAGUACCAGUUUUGUAUCCACUAACUUCAUAUUUUUUAACCCUAUCUUUACAGAAUGUAUUUGUAAGUUUGAAAAGAUGAUUUAUAUUUUACAAGCCUCUAGAAUGCAUUAAUUCUAAUUGUCUAUAGGUUCAUUCAAAGUUGAGUUUGUUCCAGAUGUUUAUUCAAGGGGGGUAAUGAGGGUAAUGAGACCUCUAAACAUUCAAAAUGUUUGCCUGCUGCACACUUUAUUGUUAUUUGCUAAAUCAUCUCCAUCAUAGUUUUAUGUAGCAACCCAAAACUACCCCCUUCUAAGACUACAAAAUGUAUCCACACCUAGUUUCUUCAGUUCAUCAAAUGUGGACUUAAUCAACCUCUAGUCAAUUCACUAUGGAUCUAGAAAAUGAACUGAACCAGAAUAAUGUGACAUUGAUUCUGUUGACUGCAUAUUUUGGAUAAUAUGGAUGGAAGCAUAAUUGUUCAUGAAUAUUGUGUUAAUGCACGACCGAGCGUAAAGUUGCACUUUUUCGACCGGUUCAAUGAGCACAAAGUGGCAUUUUUAUGCUCUCGGGCGAUAAAGUAAUUUUACCGUUUUUUUUUUUUUUAAUUCAAAAUCAUUGAUGAAUAUCAAAGUUCCAGUAAAUAAAUAGUGAGGCGGCCCUACUUUUGCAUAAUCUUUUGAAAAUUCAGCUUGUCAUCAAUACUGGCAGGCAAAAUCUCUAGAAAAAAUCAUUUCUUGCUAAACUAAACUUUACAAUAAUUGAUACAUUACUGCAAUAAUCUGAUGAGUGGAAACUCCAAGCAUGAAUCACUGAGUACUUUUCCACUUCAAAUUCACCAGGAUAUGACUUUUUGUCAAUGAUUUUUUGUCCAUUCACCAUAGAAAAUAAGCGUACGCCACCUAUGGGAAUUCUUGAAAGCUGUCAAAGCGGCCGGUUUACUUUGUUAUGCUUUGUUUGUAUUGGAUCACAUUUGUUUUUUUUGUUUGUGCUCAUUGGUUAUAUCAUCAAAACAAACCGCUCAGAAAUGUUCAAAAUGUUGCCGUCAGAUGGGGCGACAUGUUAUUUUCUAUUGUGAAUUAUUUUCCAUAUUUUGAUCAGUAAAAAUGGAACCCGAAGUUUUACACACUUUUUUGGAAAUCUUUUAUGAAGUUUUCACAUUUUGCUAAGACUUACAGCUAACAAAAUGGUUUGUUACCUUGAACUCCUUAUGUACAUUAAUAUUUUUUUAAAACGAGUUUUGCUCCAAAUAUAUGAUGAAUUUUGUUAUAUUUUUUUUUUAAUUGUGCAACUGAAUGUGAGCAUUUUGUGAUGUUUAUUGUUAUUUAUUGGAUAAUUUUAGAGACUAUAAACCUAUAUUUGGGGCAUUUGUUGAACAAUGAGCUGAUUUAGAUUAAGUUUAUAGGAAUAUUUCAAUUUGUGUAUUUCUUCUAGAUGAUAAGGUAGCUUCUAGAUUUUUUAUGUCUGUUAAGUAAUUAUUAUUUAAUCCUAAAAUAGGUUGAAAAAAAAAAGUUAAUUUUUUUAGUUACUCAGAAUUGUUAAAACUAAAUUUUUUUCUAAUAUUAUAAUUCUAACUAGGACCUAUUUUGGGGUUUGAUAGUGACAUAGGUAUCCAUCAAGUUUCACAGAUUGUUUCAAUAACCAAACAAAUGUUCAUUUCUUUUUAUUUAUGUACAUGCUUUUUGUGCUGUUCUUAAUAACUUUUAAUUAUGUGAAUUAGAUAUAGAAUGGUUAUAAAUAUUCAUAUAGGUAGGUAGGUUACUAUCAUACAACAAUUUCAAAUAUCCCUGUAAAACUUGUCUGUGAAAAUACACUGCCAAUAAUAUUAACAUUGUUAAUUUUAAACUGGUUGAGGUUCUUAAAGUUUCAUAAUAUAGCAGAUACCAAAAGUACAUAUUCCAUCGUACCUAAUAAUAGUUUGUUUGAAUUACUAUUACAGAACAUACAGAAACUGUCUGCUUUGAAGAUUAUUCUGAGAGUAGGUACUUUUGGAAUCAAGAUAUUGGAGCAUGAAAUAAUAUACACUAUCAUACAAUGAAUACCUAUUGAAUAAAACCAAUG